CGGGCUGCGAGGGGGCGCUGGAGCUAGAAGGGGGAAUUUUUCUGUCAACCAUCCCAUGUAUAAUAGGCGCGUACAGCUUGGGUAUAAAUAGACCUUCUAAGGCCUCAGGACAUACUUCUGCCGAGCUUCUGUGAUUGCGACGAUGAACAUUAGUAUUAUCCUACUGCUAUGUGUGGUGGUGGCCACCCAAGGCGCACCCCACCCCCAAGGCAGCACACCUAUACCCAUCAUAUCAUCCAACUCAGAACUUAGGGAAGAUGGGAGCUACGUAUACAACUAUAAAACCGCCAACGACAUAGAGGUGGAGGAGGAAGGGACGAUCAAGAAGGCAGUCAGCCCAGCAACCCCUGAGGAGGAGAACGUGAUCGCAGUCAAGGGGAAGUAUUCAUACAAGGCUGACGACGGAACCCUCAUAGAGCUGAUCUACACAGCAGACGACGAGACAGGGUUCGUCGCCCAGGGUGCACACCUCCCUACAGCCCCUCCCAUACCAGAGGCGAUCCAGAAGGCACUGGCCUACAUAGCCUCCCAGCCUUCUACACCGGAGACCCCGGCUAGAGGCUAGGGUGGAUAUUGGGUUGUAAAUAAGUUUUGUAUAUUAAAGUUUAAAUUUUUUUGGAA